AUGCACACCAACCAAACGGGUCGUGGGUUUUCGACUCACGCCAGAGACGCUAUUGCGACCCACUCACAUCCAGCUCUCCACACGCUCGCUUCUCAAUCACAUUCUUCGACCUGCCCCCUACCAACGGACCGCUCGUCGUUUUCAUCUGCCACGAUAUUGCUUCGAGGGAUCACAAAAAUGGCAUCAAUGAUGAAGGAGAUCGCAAAACGUUCGGCAAACAUGGUCGUCAAGGGGAGCACGCCAGAGGCAUGGGAGACAACUUCCAAACUGCGAUCGCAAUACCUCUACACCACGCUUGACUCCAUGCCAGCCCGAUUCGCUGAUGCAUCCAAGGAAUGGGCUUCCCUUCGAGCCAAGAUCAUGUCCAGAGACUUCACGAUUAACGACAUCGGUGUUGGAGCUGCUCGCGCGGCUGAAAUCUACGCGUUCUACAUCGUGGGACGAGUACUCGGCAGUAGAUCGUUCAGUACCUAGGCUGCGGACUGAGGAAAUCCGAGGACCAGCGCAUCUGGUAUCGGCGGCGUUACUUCAAACUUUGCCGGCUCUUGCGAUGAGGAUAUGUAAAACACCAUUGUUCCCCGUCA